AUGUUCAAACGGUGGCUGAUGGCCCUGGUGGCCCGUGUUGGCCUCAUUGUGCUGACCCUCUGCUGUUGCGUGCUGCUGCUGUAUCUCCUGGCAUGCAAACCUGUAUCUCACAGCAGCCAGCAGUCUUUGCCAUGGUCUGGAAGUGCCACCAGUAAAGAGAGGUACAUGGCUUUACUGCAGGAGAGGGAAGACUCUCACAGACAUUAUAUCAACAGCCUGACAAAGCAAAUAGCCCAGCUGAAGGAAGCUCUGCAGGAGAGGACGCAGCAGCUUCAGGAGUCCCUGGAUAAAGCUAAAAUCAAAGGGAUCCUACCUCAGGGUUUGGAGAGUCUGCACAAAACCCCAACGCAGUCUGAUCUGAAGGAGUUCUUCCGCUCCCAACUGAACCAGGCAGAGGUGAACUCAGGUGUGAAGCUGCCAAGCGAAUAUGCACUAAUUCCUUUUGACACUUUCACCCUGCAGAGCGUGUACCAGCUGGAAACAGGGCUGACCAGGCAUCCAGCGGAGAGGCCUGUGAGAAAAGACCACAGAGAUGAGCUGAUAGGGACUGUGGAAACAGCUCUGCAUGUCCUGAAUGGACCCGAGCAUCACACUGACAACAUCAGGAGAAAACACACAUUCUCCCCUUCAGAUUUUAUCCAAGGGCUGACUCGCACAGAGCGGGACAGAGGAAGCAUUUACGAGCUGACGUUUAAAGGUGACAGUCCACAGGACUUCACGCAGCUUGUACUCUUCAGGCCUUUUGGCCCCGUGAUGAAAGUGAAGAGCGAAAUUGUGAACACGCAAAGCAUCAUCAUCAACAUCAUCGUACCUCUGUCCAAGAGGGUGGACACAUUCAAACAAUUCAUCAAAAACUUCAGAGAGGUAUGCAUCCAGCAGGACGGCAGGGCUCAUCUCACCGUGGUCUACUUUGGUCGAGAUCAGAUAGACGAGGUAAAAGCUGUGCUGGACCAGACCACUAGAGAGACUCGGUUCAGGAGCUUCACGUUGAUCCAGCUGAAUGAGGAGUUUUCUCGCGGCCGGGGCUUAGACGUGGGUGCCAGGGCUUGGAGGCGCAGCCAGAACAUUCUGCUCUUCUUCUGUGAUGUUGACAUUCACUUUACAGCUGAUUUCUUAACUUCCUGUCGUCUCAAUGCAGAACCUGGUAAGAGGGUGUACUACCCAGUGCUCUUCAGCCAGUACAACCCAUCUGUCAUCUACAGAAAUCAGACGCUCCUGCCUUCACUUCAGCAGCAGCUGGUGAUAAGGAAGGAGAGUGGAUUCUGGCGUGACUUUGGGUUCGGCAUGACAUGCCAGUACAGGUCUGAUUUCAUCAACAUAGGUGGUUUUGAUCGCAGCAUCAAAGGUUGGGGCCUGGAGGACGUGCACCUGUACAGGAAGUACCUUCACAGUAAGCUGAUGGUGAUUCGCUUUCCAACUCGCAGUCUUUUCCAUUUGUGGCACGAGAAGAGCUGUGCAGAUGAGCUUCCUCCAGACAAGUACAAGAUGUGUAUGCAGACAAAAGCCAUGAGCGAAGCUUCGCACAGCCAGCUGGGGGAGCUCUUCUCCAAACAAGAGAUUCAAGUUCACGCUCAGAAACAGAUGAAACGAGGAACUUAAUGAAAAAAGUUAGUUUAUAUAAUAAAAACAUUAUAAUUCACUGAUA